AGUAGCGUCUCUCCAGCUGACAUUCUCCAACCCAAAGGAUAUACGAGCAGUGGCAACAGCACUCAUAUCUGUGGAGUCCAAUUAUGCUGAUUUAGCUACAGAAGAUGGAGCUGCAAAUAACAAGCCUUCUUCUGGUACUCCUCUGCUUGAGUGAGGUUCAUGCAGGGGCAUAUUACGGCAAAAAGUCAGAGACCAAGGGGCCUCAAUAUCAACCAUAUAAUGUCAAGAGCCAAGUGCUGCCGAUGAGGGGAGAACAAGGAGAACCAGGAAUUCCCGGUGAACCAGGACAGCCGGGGCCACCUGGGCCCCCAGGGCCCCCAGGAAAGGGAGGCUAUGGGAUGCCAGGACCACAGGGACCACCUGGGCCACCAGGACCACAGGGAUAUUCCUCCCCUGGCAAGCCAGGCAUGCCCGGGUCUCCGGGAAAACCUGGUGAGAGGGGAAGUCCUGGGGAGAAGGGUGAUCCAGGGUCUUCUGGGCCUCAAGGUCCAAGGGGGAUGCCAGGAUCUCCAGGAAUCCCAGGACCUGCUGGUAUCUCUGCUCCUGGAAAGCCAGGGCCACACGGGCCAGCUGGUUCUCCAGGGCCUAGAGGGGAGCCAGGGAUGAAGGGGCAUCCAGGAGCUCCUGGACAACCAGGUCAAAAAGGAGAGAAGGGAUAUGGAAUCCAGGGCCAUCCAGGAGAGAGAGGUGCUCCUGGACCAGCAGGUCCUGCAGGACUACCGGGACAACCUGGAGUAGGUAAACCUGGCAAACCCGGUUACCCAGGGGAGCCCGGGAAGCAGGGAAUGCCAGGUCAGGAUGGACUUCCAGGACCUAUGGGCAUGCCUGGCCAUAAAGGCCCAGCUGGACCACCAGGUCCUUCAGGUAUAGGAAAGCCAGGAGAAAACGGUGCACCAGGUCUUCCUGGACAAGCUGGACCAAAAGGCCCCCCAGGACCUCCUGGAGCUACUGGGGCACCAGGAAUCCCAGGUUAUGGAAAGUCAGGGGUUCCUGGACAGAAAGGGGAAAGAGGAAUGAACGGCGUCCCAGGUCUACCAGGUGGCAAAGGAGAACAAGGCCCAGCGGGACGUGCAGGAGAGCCGGGACCUUCUGGGCCAGCAGGCCCCUCAGGUCCUUCAGGACAAAGGGGAUUUCCAGGUGAAGCCGGACUGCCAGGCCCUAAAGGUGAUGCUGGUGCAGUUGGACCCAUGGGACCAAAAGGACUGAAAGGAGAUCAGGGUCCACAGGGCUUUGAGGGCAAAUCGGGGUACCCAGGGUCACCAGGCCCUGCAGGUGCAAGGGGCAGUCCAGGGGCUCCGGGGCUGAAAGGUGAGGCAGGACAAGCUGGCCCUGCAGGUCUCCCAGGGCAACCUGGAAAUAUGGGACCUAGGGGUUCCCCCGGCCGCCCAGGCGAACCAGGGGCCAGGGGAGACGAUGGCACGCCAGGCGCGACAGGGCCCAGCGGGCCUCCAGGAACUCCGGGUACACCUGGAAUAAAGGGACAUCCCGGUCCUCCUGGGCAACCUGGCCCUGCAGGCAUCACAGCCAAGGGCGUACCUGGCCCCUCAGGCCCCCCUGGGCUCCCUGGUCCCAGAGGAUCCGACGGCCUGCCUGGGCACCCCGGCUCACCAGGCCCACCUGGCCCCCCCGGAGAGAUCGUCUACCAGAAAAACUUUAAAGCGGCCCAGGCCAUAGUCCAAAAGGCCCCUGUGUCGGCUUUCACCGCUUUGUUAACGAAGGCGUAUCCAGAGUCGGGACAGCCCAUCCAGUUCGACAACACCCUCUACAAUGAGCAGCAGCACUAUGACCCCUCCACCGGCAUCUUCACCUGCCACACUCCAGGAGUCUACUACUUCGCCUACCACGUGCAUGUUAAAGGGUCUAACGUGUGGGUCGCCCUAUAUAAAAACGGUUCCCCAGUGAUGUACACAUAUGACGAAUACAAGAAAGGCUUUCUGGAUCAGGCAUCUGGGAGUGCUGUCCUCUACCUAAACGAGCAAGAUCAGGUCUACGUUCAAAUACCCAAUGACGAAUCCACUGGUGUUUAUGCCACUGACUACAUCCACUGCUCAUUCUCUGGAUUCCUGAUUGGCUCGACGUGAUACCACACUGUCUAACCGGCAUACUUCUAUUAAAUCCAUGAACUGUUUCUCCAAUUGUCCCCAUUUUUUGAUGCAUACUGCUUCAAGCAGUAUGAAAUGAAAAAAAUAUUCUAAACUACUUUCUUAAUGUGUUUUUUUUGUUUUCUUUCAUACAACUGAAUAUAAAAGCUCACACAAACUGGAAAUUUCUAUAUAAGAGAAGCAUAAACGUACAGUGUGUUCACUCUGGGCUGGGCUGUAGAAAAGCAUAGAGGAUUAAGUGGAUCAUUAGUUGUCACUAAUAACUUUUUACAGUGAUAUUUUCCAAGAUGGUGGCUUUUUAACUUGCUGUGUGCUUAUAUUCAGUUAAAAAACAGGAAAUAAAAAAGUUGUUAAGUAGCAGAACUAAGGUGCUUUGUCUCAGCUCAUGAAACCGUAAGCAAGUGAUCCUUAUUUUUAUUUGUAUGUCUGUCUUAAACAACAGUGUUACUGACAAAAACAAAACAUACAUAAUCUAUAAGACCUGCUUGAUGUCUUACAUUGCAAUGUUGUGUUUAACUGUAUGCAUACCUGUAAUAUACUGUACCAGGAAUUAGGAAUUGGAAAAUUCUGAAUAUCAGACAAUCUACAGUAUUUACCAUUAACAUUUUGAAAUGUAUGUUUGUCAUUACCAUAUCCCUCAAGAUGUAUAUCCCAUAUAUAUUGUAAUGACCAAAAUAAAGACUGACAUACUUCUAA